AAUGCAAUCCGAUCAGUCGUUCCAAACAAAAGCAAUAAUGAGAUAGUUCUGGUGUUGCAGCAGUUUGAUAACAAUGUAGACAAGGCUGUUCAGGCUUUCAUGGAUGGCAGCGCAGCUCAGGUUCUAAAGGAAUGGAAUAUGACAGGGAAAAAGAAGAAUAAUAGGAAAAAAAGAAGCAAAUCUAAACAGCACCAAGGCCAUAACGAUUCUAAAAACAAGACUGGUGGACCUGAGAAGGCAUCUCAAGAGCCACAGGGACUAUCUGGCUGCCAUCUGAGUGAAUGCCCUAAGGACAACUUUAGUGGUGCUUCGGCCAGUCAGAAGCUGGAAGCUGCUUCUGCUGAGAAGAAAGGCUCAGGAUUUGUAGAGUCAGCGCUGGUCUGUCCAGAAGUCACAGACAAAGAACGAGAACACCAGAGAGUAUUUGUGGAAUUAAAUCCAAAGACUGUGAAUGGCGUAGAACAGCAUGAGUCUCUUCAGUCAUCAGUUCAAAUCCAGUGUAACCUAGGCAGGCCAAAGUCAAAAUCUUCCUCAGUUAAAUCAUCCAGUGCUGCAGCCCAACCUGAAACAAAGACAGAUGAUUCAGUAAAAAAAAGAGGGCCAAACAUUGAAAAAUCAGUAAAAGACUUGCAGCGUUGCACUGUUUCUCUAACCAGAUAUCGUAUGAUGAUCAAAGAGGAAGUGGAUAAUUCAGUGAAGAAGAUCAAAGCUGCUUUUGCAGAGCUGCACAGCUGCAUCGUAGACAAAGAAGUGUCAUUAAUGGCAGAAAUUGAUAAAGUUAAAGAAGAAGCCAUGGAAAUCCUGACUGCUCGGCAGAAGAAAGCUGAGGAGCUGAAGAGAUUGACAGACCUAGCCAGUCAGAUGGCUGAAGCACAACUGUCUGAACUCAGGGCUGAAAUUAAGCACUUUGUGAGUGAGCGGAAAUAUGAUGAAGAGCUGGGCAGGUCUGCCCGAUUUUCCUGUGAUACAGAACAGCUGAAGACUCAAAUUCAGCUCUGUGGAGAAAUUUCUCACCCAAAGAACAACUAUUCCUCAAGAACACCGUGUAGUUCAGUGCUGUCUUCAAUGACCUCGCAUGCAACAGCUGGCAAGCAAAAUACGCACAGCCGAAAGUCCUCUAGUAAUGCCAAAAACUCUGAUAAUAGAUCAGCCGGCACUAAAGUACCAAGUCAUCUUUCUUGCAGUCCUACAGAAUCUUCUUCCCAAGGAACCCCAACAAAUAAGCAGAAUGGGCCCUCUGGCCAGAGACGAAGAUUCAACCCACAGCACCAAAACGUCCGGCUCAAUGGAUCUCUCAAGUCGCAAGGUGCCAAUAAUGAGGCAGAUCACAAUAAUACCAAGAGCAGUUCUAGGUCUGAACACAGAAGACAGCAGCAUAACAGCUUCAGAUCAAAAAACAGAGGAGCUAUGAAAAACCAAGAGCAGUCCACGGCUACAAGGACCACAGAGAACCUGACCCACCCAGAAAAGACUCGGCGGAAGCCCCACUCGCUAGACACUGCUGAUCACAGGCCUUUCCAGGGCAGCGCUGGAAGGGGGUCGCAAUGCAACUUACGUCCGGCAAGGAUGGAGGGCUCGGCUGAUGCCGCUGUUCUCUCCGUGCCAGCUGUGACUCUGGUGGCUUAAAAUGUCACGGUGGCGGCAGGCAGAGAAAUUCAAUCUCUUCCUUUUAGUUUCUUGCUCGAGAUGCUUAUUGGUGAAGAAGAUAAGUCAGAACAUAGCAAUUUUAAAUCUGUUGCUGCUUAAAACUUGUUGGUAUCUUUUAUUACUAAUUAUUAAAAUUAAUUUGUACUUCCAAUGCUUUGCCCAGUAUGUUCACAGUUACUUUGUCAUGACAGUACGGAAUCUAACCAAAGCAGCAUUUACUUCUUAGAAAAAUGAAAUCUAGAUUGGAAAAAUAAAUUGAUAAUUAAAUUCAUAAUAGCAAAAACCUGUUGUAGAUACGUGGUUAUGCCAGUCAACAUUAUUGUUUUUUAGAGCAGCCUGUGUUAGAAGGGUCCCGGGAAGUCUGUAUGCUGUGGUCUGCAAUGAAAUCAGAUAGUCUUGUAGAAUUUUUCAGCAAAUCUCUCUACACCUUUCUUUCUGUGUGUGUAUACAAGUACAUGCAUGCACACUGUAUACACAGAGAGUAUCGUUACACACAAGAACAUUUGAAAAAGCAGUACAUUUGAUUUUAGCUUAUUAUUCCAUAAUCUGAGAUCUUCAAAGUCAAGUAUAAAUAGUAUGAAAUGUAUUACAUAUUGAUAUUUUCCAUUGACAAACUAUGAGGCUGAGGAAAAAUGCUCGUUUCUUAAGUUUGGAAUGUAUAUAGUCAUGGCUACUCAGACGCACAGCCCUAUUCUCCAUCCUUAUCAGCCACUUUUCUAUGACUAGUUGGAUUUAUUUUUUUGCACACAAAAAGCUGCAGGUGUUCUAGACUUGAAUCCAAAUUAUUUUUCUAUAUUUUUGCUGUAGGAACCAUCUGUCCAUAAUGAGAGCUAUGACUAAUAAAUUUGUUACAGCAACAUGCAGCAGAAUGUGGAGGUACAUAUUUGAGCAGAUACUACAUCCUUCUGAGUUUUCUAUUAAAUAAAAAUCUUAAUGUUCUGAAUCUGUAUUUCAGAAAACCUGUUUCUUCCAAGAAAUUAAAAUCUUCUUU